AUGUACAUGUGUUUCAUUUCUAGAUUGCUACGAACCAGCAUUAGUCCAAAUAUUGUCAAUGCCGAGGGUUCGUCUUUGCUUCACGCCGCAGUCGCCUACAAUCAGCUGCACAUCAUUUCUUACCUGCUGCACCGCGGGGCUCAUAUGACGUGCAAAGACGCGAAGGGAUGCACCCCACUGCACGUUUCUUGUCUGAACGGAUUCGUGAAAGCUACCGAAAUUCUUCUCAGUCACCCGGACAGCCAGAAAGUCAUCAACGUCCGAAAUCAGGCGCAGGAAACUGCUCUUCACAUAUCUUCUCAGCGCGGUUAUGCGGCGAUAGUCGAUCUUCUGUUAAGGCACGGUGCCGACGCAAAGCUCGUCAAUCGACUGGGCGAGAAUUGUCUCGACGUGGCUGCGAAAUUCGGUUGGCCAAAAGUCGCUCAAUGCAUCAUACAGGAACGCCCUGAUCUGGUGAUCGACGUACAAACUCUUGAGUACAACAAGUGCAAGAACUCGUCGACCACUGCUCCGUUUGUCAGUGCAUUGCACCUUGCCGCCGAAACGGGCGAUACAAGCGUCGUCCGCAUCCUGCUCGAUGCUGGCUUUGAUAUCAAUAAACUGGCAAGUUUUACGGAACGAGGAAGCGCGUUGCACGUUGCAGCUUUGGCUGGAAAACUGGAUGUCGUUAAACUGCUGCUGGACCGCGGCAUCAACAAGGAUUCGAAAGAUUACAAUGGCUUGACAACCGUCGACUUACUGAAAGAACAUCGAGAUGGCAAACGACCUACGAUUACAAAAAUGAUCGCUGUCGAGGACGCUUGGGACGAUUGUAUAAAACUUAUCGAAGGGUAUCGCUCGGAAAUUCCAGGACCUGCAGAAGUGCCAAAUGUUUACAUUAAUGCGUUUCAUCAAAAAAUUUGGGAUUACCUACCGGCCGUCCCUCUUUCCGAUGUCCAUGCGAACAGCGACGGUGAAACGCAGCUGCAUGAUUCAACCCAUAAUGGCAGAUGUGCGUCUACUUCCGAGAGCGGAAACUUUUCAGAAACCGUAUUUGAACGUCGAUGCCCUUCUCGUAUGUCUACCGGUGCUAUACGGAAGGUUCCCCCUCGUACCGCAAGCGGAUAUGACAACGUCUUGCCCUCUUCUUGGUCUCAUCGAUGCAACGAAUAUGUGACACCCAUCGACCGCUUUCAGCCGGGUCUGUCAAACCGCGGCUGUCACACUGAUAACCAAAACACCGAAAGUUUCCAAAAUCCUGCAGACGGAGUGUCCACGUUUCGGUCUGCAGUCGGUUCAUCGACUAACCGGUGCAGUUCCGACUGGUCACUGGUCAAGGCUCAACGACUAUCCGAUGCUAGUACUGCACUACGAUCCGGUGUCAUCCGAGACGAUGCGGAUACUUUUGCGGGAUCCAGAGGACACACCACGAGACAGCCGCUGUCAGGCUUUGAUGUUGCAGUAAAUAACGAUGCGACAUUGCAAGAUGAAGAAACUGCAAUUGGCUUGAAGCAGCUGUUGAACGCGUACGGAGACAUUGACAAUUCGAGCUUAAAUGUUUGUGACAAAGGUAGAACCGUUGAACAAUGGUUAAGUUCAUUGGAUCUGAAAGCACUCACCGACAACUUCCUCUCAAACGGUUAUGACGAGUUCGAAUACCUGGCUCAAACAAUGGAUUCUGACGCGCUGGAUUUGCUAGGCAUAUGCUCUGGUCCGGAUCGAAGGGCAGCUAUGGACAGCUUGAAGUCGCUGUAUCCACAGAAGAGAAUACCGCGUCUGCACGAAUUUUCCUAUGUUUCUGACUGGUUACUUGCUCUGAAGUGCCACGAGUACCUUGGCGACUUUUUGAGACACGGAAUGGACACCGUUCAGAAAAUACAUCAUCUAUGCGAGCACAGCUUAGAAGUGAUUCCGAUCCGGAAAAAGGGACAUAAGCAACGAAUCCUGAAGUCGCUCGGGGUCGACAACAGACGAAUCAUCUCCUUGUUUGAUGAAAACGGUGGUCGAUCGACGACGACAGCUACAUACAGGGCCGGGUCCCAAAUCCGUUUCGCUGGAGCGAUGUCCAUCGAACUACCACAACCACCGUAUGAUCCUUAUCCGGAGAUUUUCGAUGAAUUCGCUGUCCAAUACCUGGGCUCCGUCGAGGUUAGCAAUGGGAUCUGUGUCGAGUGUGUGAAGCACGUCGCUAACUGGGUUGAGCUGGAAAUGCGAAAGAAGCUCACCCCUGUUGAACUGUGGAUCAUCAUUUCUUCUAAGGACGUUCGGCUUUCACCUGAUCACAUGUCAUCACAUGCAACUCACGCGUUCCCAAUCAUGAACAUUUUAUGUGUUUGCCAAAGUGGAAUCGAGCUGGAUUCUUUCGCGCUUUCGAUUUUCGACCAAAGCCAAGCGCUUAGUCUCUGCCACUGUUUUCGGGUGUGUGAUCAGAAAAUUGCUGCCAAAAUCAUUUUGACUCUUGGAGAAGCGUUUGAAAAUUUAUACGUUGAGCUUAAAAAGGAAUCAGAAAGUAAAGGCGAAACUUUUAUUGGAGAAAGAACGAACGUUGGAGAAGAUCUUCUGCUGAAAGAUCGUCGUUAG